CUCACAUGAUGCCAUACGGAUGGCCUGCAACAGGUAACUACCCCCAGAACCCUUUACCCUGCCCUGGACUCGGGUUACCACGGGUUAACUAUCUGCUAAGGGGCAUAUAUGCUUCAUUUAACCUCUAAAGAUAUUUAUACAAAGAGAAGUAGUUACCAGACCCAGAGGUUUUAAUUCAUCUCUAUUCAAGUAGCCAAUCAGUGGCAAGAAUCUUUGGACCACGGAGAGGGAGGGCAGCUGCUGCAGCAGGGCUGCAGCUUCUACCUCAGCUCGUGAAAUGACGGCGACCCCUUCGCACAUGGACAGAGAAGUUGAGUUGGCCAAAAGGCGUGAAGCCAUACAGGCUGAAAGAGCUCGGCUUCUGGAGGAACUGAGUAUCCGCCGGGAAGAGCGCGAUAACUACACGACGGAGAGGAAGCGAGACGCCGGAGCAGCGCAUGCAAGAAAUCAGGCUGUGCUGCAGGAUUUGCAAUUAGUGGAACAACGGCUCAAAAACAUUGUGCGAUCCAGCCCACCCUCUGCCAUUAUUAGUCUGGAGAAGCACUACUGGGAGUUUGUCCAAGCGGAAAUCCCGAAGUGGGAGCAAUUUCUUUUAGGGAAAGCUGAAGGCCCUUUUGAUAUGAAGCAUCAGCACCGUUCGAAACAGAAGUCGAAGAGUUCCCAGACUAUGCAGAUCUCAAGGGAAAAGAAAUUGCCCCCUUCUGGAUAUAAGACGUUCCCAAGAUGACACCCACUUUGGGGAAAACUUGAACUUUGAUCAUUCUUCCUUCAUGUUAAAUUCAACGUC